AUGAAAAAUAAUCAAACAAAUCAAAUUAAAAAGAGAAAAUUACCUUAUCAAAUUGAUAAAUUUAAAGUUCAAAAAUUUCAUCAUUUUCAACCAAAUCCAAUUACAAAUUCAAUUGAACCAUUAUUGGAUGGUAGUAACAACAAUAAAAACAAUAAUUAUAAAAAAUUAAAGAAAAUGAAUUACAUAUCAACAACGACAAUAACUACAACAAACAAUAUUGAUUUAAAUAAUUUAUUGCCAAUUGAAAAUAUUAAACAAUUAUUCAAUCAAUUGAAUUCCAAUAGAGAAAUAAUGGAUACACUUUUUAAUCAAUUCUUACAAUUAUAUAAUAGUAUCAAUUUCCAAUCACCCCUAUCAAAUUUAUCAUUGUUACCAAUAACAAAUUAUAGUAAUAAUGACAAUGAUUAUAACUCAAAUAAUAUUAUUUCAACUAAUAUUGAAGGAAAUAAUAAUAAUAAGAGUUUUAUUUUACCAAAUUUGAAUGAGGAUUUAUUUCUAAAUAUUCCAGAUUCUUUAAAAGAUUUAACAAAUGAAAAAUCAAUUCAAGAGAAUAUUACUCUACCAACACUUGAAAAUGAUUUACAUUCACCUCUAAAUUUAAUCCAACAAUUUGAUCAAAUUAUAAAUAAAUAA